GUACAAUAGUGGACUCUGUCAACCACGUUCCCGCCUGCGUCAUGGCUUUCUGGGCCCUCAACGCGUCAUCCCAGACUAUAGACUAGUGUGUACGAAGACCUGCCACCUGCCUGCCGCCACAACCGUCAGGCUUGACGACGCCACGAAUCCGGGGCACCGAGCAUGGAAACCAUCUCGAUUGUCAAAUCACCGAGUGCAGAGAACCAUGUCAAGGUCUCCAUCUCCUUGCAGCUACCGACAAGGAUGUUUCCAACUUCCGAACAAACGAACCCCGGCUGUCGCCAAAAGUCUUGCUCCGACAAGCGAUCGAGGUUGACGAUCUCCAUCCUUUGACGUUCAUCAUCACGCCGCUUCAACGAGCAAAAGAGGUACGCUGUUUUCAUGAAUCAAGUUCGCUGAAGAAUGGACCCCUGGCCCUGGCACGAUGAUGUCGUAGUUGUAAGCCUCCUCUACAGAUCGCCUUCCCAGCCAUGUAUUCCCUUCAGUCCUAAGGUUCGCGGAGUUUUGUCUUGGUUACUGCCACCAGCUCCUUCCGACUUCAAUUCCUCGAUAGCCUUUCGAAGCUGUGACUGCUAACAAACAAACCUUCCCCUUCUAUCACCGUCGUUCCUUCCGAGCAGUGUGGUGGCCAUCAUGUCUGAGCCGCAGCAAACACCCACGCCCGAAAAGACUCCCGGCGAGAAAAAGCCCAGCCGCCCAGGGCUUGAUCGAAGCAAUUCCGAUAUCUCCUCGGCCGACGACCAAGGCUACGAGUCACGAUCCAGAUCACAAUCCCGCCGAAGGAGAAGACAGAACCAACGACAACGACAAGGCGGGCAAGCCAAAGCCCAGGCUGGAAAUGCCUCCGCUCAGUCGAUGGCCUCGAUCGACGAGGCCGACGAACCGCAGCAACAGCAACAAGUAGCCCAACGGUCGCAGCAGCAGCGACAGCCACAGCUUAAGAACCCCGACCCGCGCGACAUCACCGAGUCUCAGCCCUUUGAGUAUAUCAAACCCCCUUCUCAGUCUAUGGAUGGACCUGUCACGUACGCUCGCAUGCUGCGUGGUGAGAUCCCAUGGCGAGGCCCACCGCCCUCACAACCACUCGAGACAGCACAGGACAUCGACUCUAAAGAUAGCAGUGGCAAGGACCCCAUGGACCAAGACGGACUGAAGCUGCGGUUGGAAUUGAAUCUAGAUAUUGAAAUCGAACUCAAGGCCCACAUACACGGUGACUUGACGCUGGCACUAUUAAAUUGAUCUUCAGGGCUUGAUUUGGGCCUGCCAAAAGUCAAGUUGCCCAAACUACCAAAACUACCGAAACUACCAAAGCUGCCGAAACCCGGGCUGUGAUGACGGACAAGAACUCAUUAAUGUAUCCUUUUAUUUGUGGUGUGAGCUAGCUAGCACCUUGUUUGAUAUCAAAGCUUCAAUUGAAGUCAGCAGUCUGAACCACGGCGUUGGGAAGAGGCACAUGUCAUGGCUCUGCUUGUAACUCUAAAAAUGUCAUCCCUAGAACAG